AAUGGCUAUUUUGUCCAAAUAAACUUGAGUCAUUUUAUGGUUAGAAAAAGUAAAUUGAUUAUUGAACUACUACAAGUCUACAACUAUGCUAUAAGUUGAGCAUUAACCUUAUUUAUUAACUCCCAAAAACGACCAAAUUCAUGUGUCUGCAUGAGUUUUUACGGAGGAGAAACUGUAUCAUCUGACCAAAACUCGUAGAUUGCAACCAUCUUGAAAAUUUAUUUUUACAGUCGCCUCCGUUUGCUUUGACAGGAUAGUAAGAAUAAAGAGAUGAUUAUAAGCCCAUUAUUUACGGGUCCCUGGAAGCAUCACCGCUGGAAAGGGAGUCUGAGAUUUUUUUCGAACAUAUGCUACUAUAGAAAUAAUGCUCCGCCAUCGAAGUCCAACGUCGUUGUCUCCACUAACAAAGCCAUAACAGAGCAAAUGAAAGAGGGUUCAAUUGAACAAGCUCGAAAGUUGUUCGAUGAAAUGCCUGAGAGAACCGUUGUCUCAUGGAAUACCACGAUUUCUGGGUAUUCCGAAUGGGGAAAGUUCACCGAAGCGUUAAAGUUAGUUUCUUUGAUGCAUGGCAGCUAUAUGGAGCUAAAUGAAUCAACUUUUUCCUCAGUGCUAAGUGUUUGUGCUCGAUCACAGUCGCUCAGUCGUGGCAAGCAAGUCCAUGGGCUAGUCUUGAAAUCUGGAUAUCAAAGUUUUCGUUUUGUGGGUAGUGCUUUAUUGUAUCUUUACUCCACUUGUUGUGAAAUUGAAGAUGCGAGAAUGGUAUUUGAUGUGUUGCAUCAGGAGAAUGAGUUGUUAUGGAGCUUGAUGCUUGCGGGAUAUGUUCAAUGUAACCUGCUAACUGAUGCUUUUGAGAUUUUUAGGAAAAUGCCGACCCAUGAUGUUGUUGCUUGGACCACUUUGAUUUCUGGAUACUCAAAGGUGGAAGGUGGAUGUCACAAGGCUUUAGAGUUGUUUAGGUCAAUGAGAGAGGAUGAUAACGUGGUCCCGAAUGAAUUCACCUUGGACAGUGUUUUGAGGGCUUCCGGUAGAUUGGGAUCUUUAUGUGAGGGUAGAGCACUUCAUGGGUUGGUAGUGAAGCUUGGGUUUGAGUGGGAUAAUUCAGUUUCUGGUGCACUGGUUGAUUUUUAUUGUAAUUGUGAGGUUCUUGAUGAUGCUAUGUUGGUUUAUAGUGCACUAGUUAAUCCUUCCUUAAAUGAUUCAAACUUGCUGAUUGGAGGGCUAAUCAAGGCAGGCAGGAUUGGGGUAGCUCGAUCACUGUUUAACGGAUUAAUCAAGCGGGAUCCUGCUUCAUACAGUUUGAUGAUCAAAGGAUAUGCCAUGUCUGGCCUAGUGGAGGAGUCAAAACAGUUGUUUCUGGAGAUGCCGGAAAGAACUUUAAUUUCCCUUAAUACCAUGAUUACUGUGUACUCAAGGAAUGGUGGAAUCGAUAAAGCUGUAGAGCUUUUUGAAGAAGCCAAAGUAAAGGAAAAUUCUGUUACUUGGAAUUCUAUGAUUUCAGGAUAUACCCAAAAUGAUCAACAUGAGAGUGCGUUAAAGUUGUAUACGACCAUGAGAAGGUUAGCAAUUAGCCAAACUAGGUCAACAUUUGCUGUCCUGUUUCACGCUUGCUCCUGCCUUGGAUCACUUCAGCAAGGUAAAUUGAUUCACGCAGAUUUGAUUAAAACUCCAUUCGGAUUCAAUAAUUAUGUUGGAACAGCUCUUGUUGACAUGUACUCCAAAUGUGGGAGCCUUGGUGAUGCUCAAGCGUCGUUUCACAGCAUUGCUUUUCCUAAUGUAGCAGCAUGGACAGCUCUGAUUAAUGGGUAUGCACAUCAUGGGCUUGGCUCUGAGGCGCUUAAAUGUUUUCACCAAAUGUUAGACGAAGGAAUCGAUCCAAAUUCAGCAACUUUUGUGGGUGUCUUAUUGGCUUGUACUCGUGUAGGUUUAGUGGGGGAGGGCACGAGACUUUUCCACGUUAUGCAAGAACAAUAUGGUAUAACACCCACCCUGGAACACUACACGUGCUUGGUAGAUCUUCUUGGUAGAUCAGGCCAUCUACAUGAAGCUGAGAAGCUUGUUAACAGAAUGCAUAUUGAACCAGAUAGCAUUAUUUUUGUUGCACUGCUUAAUGCUUGUUGGUUCUGGAUGGAUGUGGAAAUUGGUGAGAGGGUGGCUGAGAAACUGUUCUCAUUGGAUCCCAAGUCUACAUCCGGCUGUGUUAUCAUGUCCAAUAUGUAUGCAGGAUUUGGCCGGUGGUUGCAGAAGAUGAGAGCGAGGAAAGUAUUGAGAAAUCUGCAGUAUAAGAAGGAUCCUGGAUAUAGUUGGAUUGAACUAAACAACAAGGUUCAAUUUUUUUAUGUAGAUGAUAGAACACAUCAUUUUUGUGAUAUAAUUUACUCGACUUUGGAAAACCUAACAGCAAAUGUGAACUCCGAAAUUAAUUUUGAUUGUACUUCUUCAAGAUUAUAUUGGGAAAGGGAGUUACUAUCUUAGUUAAUCCUCCUAAUUAUAUUGGUAUUGCAGAACAUCC